UCUCCGACAAUUAUAUUCGGAGAGAUUUUUCUCUCCCACUCUCUCUCCAUUGGAUCAUUCGUCUCGUCGAUGGCGCAGUUACUCUCUCCUGUUUGUACGGACCUUUUGAAGCUUCAAAACCCGGUUCUGAGCUCGAGAUCGAGUCCAUGGAGGUUUCCCGCCAAGACCCACGGUGGUUCUUCCUGGUGCUUCUCUUCUUUCCCCGGUAGGAGACGCUCCGGCAUCAGGCUGAGAGUUGCGACGGAGGAUCCUGCUUCUCUUUUCACCGACGAUGUCGCCGAUGAUUACUACGCCGUCCUCGGACUGCUUCCAGAUGCAACACAAGAAGAGAUCAAGAAAGCUUACUAUAAUUGUAUGAAAGCUUGCCAUCCCGACUUGAGCGGCGAUAACCCAGAAACCACUAACUUCUGCAUGUUCAUUAACGAAGUCUAUGCGGUGCUAAGCGAUCCUGUACAGCGGAUGGUGUACGAUGAAAUUCAUGGGUAUGCAGCUACUGCAACCAAUCCCUUUCUUGAUGAUUCUGGCGAAAGGGAUCAGAUUUUUGUUGAUGAAUUUGCUUGUAUAGGUUGCAAAAAUUGUGCCAAUGUGGCUCCAGAUAUAUUCCAAAUUGAGGAAGAUUUUGGAAGAGCACGAGCCUACAGCCAAUGUGGAAACCGGGAUCUAGCUCAGCAAGCAGUUGAAACAUGCCCGGUCGAUUGUAUCCAUUGGACAUCAGCGGCGCAGUUGUCCUUGCUUGAAGACGAGAUGCGAAGGGUAGAAAGAGUGAAUGUUGCUUUGAUGCUCUCUGGAAUGGGUUCUGGAGCAGUCGACGUAUUCAGAAUGGCGAGUUCUCGGUGGGAAAAAAGACAAGCUAAAGUUUUGGGACAAGCUAGAAGUAGGAUGACGAAGCGGAAAGGCACGGAAGAAACGCCUUCCUACUGGGAUAACCUCUGGGGAAAACCCAAAGACUACAAGAAAUCGGAGGAAGAAGUGCAAGAACGAGCAAAGCGAGCCGCUGCUGCUGCUCGGAGAUGGAGGGAGUACUCACGAAGAGGUGUCGAUAAGCCACCAACCUUCAAACUUCCCGAGGCUUCAUCCGAAACCGAAAACUGAAAGUCAUUUACGCAAUUCAUAUUCAUAUUGCUACAGGUACGUUCUAUUAGUAUAGUCUGCACAUUUACGUGCGCAUCAUUUAGAACCUGUAUAGUACUCAGAUCGACUCAAGAUGUAUAAACAAAGGUAUUGUAUAUAAAACCGGAACCUAGCUAUACUGUAAAUGUAAAUUACAGAUCUUGGAUCGUAA